AUGACCAAGGACCAGAACCUCGUCCCAGAACCUCCUCCCAGAACCUCGUCCCAGAACCUCCUCCCAGAACCUCGUCCCAGAACCUCCUCCCAGAACCUCGUCCCAGAACCUCCUCCCAGAACCUUGACCCAGAACCUUGCCCCAGAACCUCAACCUCCUCCCAGAACCUCCUCCCAGAACCUUGACCCAGAACCUUGCCCCAGAACCUCGUCCCAGAACCUCCUCCCAGAACCUCGUCCCAGAACCUCCUCCCAGAACCUUGUCCCAGAACCUCCUCCCAGAACCUCGUCCCAGAACCUCCUCCCAGAACCUCGUCCCAGAACCUCCUCCCAGAACCUUGUCCCAGAACCUCCUCCCAGAACCUUGACCCAGAACCUUGCCCCAGAACCUCGUCCCAGAACCUCCUCCCAGAACCUCGUCCCAGAACCUCGUCCCAGAACCUCGUCCCAGAACCUCCUCCCAGAACCUCCUCCCAGAACCUCCUCCCAGAACCUCCUCCCAGAACCUCGUCCCAGAACCUCCUUCCAGAACCUUGCCCCAGAACCUUGUCCCAGAACCUCGUCCCAGAACCUCGUCCCAGAACCUCGUCCCAGAACCUCCUUCCAGAACCUUGCCCCAGAACCUCGUCCCAGAACCUUGUCCCAGAACCUGGUGUUCCCGGGGGUGAGUUUGUUGUUGCCCUCUCGCAGGAAGCAGUAA